CAUGGAAGAGUGCGAGGCAGCGUGCGACCGACUGUGCAUCAUGGUUGCCGGUCAGAUGACCUGUUUGGGCACCAUGCAACACCUGCGGGACAAGUUUGGCACCGGCUAUACGAUGCAGCUGGUGCUGGCGCGUAAAGCGCCUACGGCGACUGAAGGAAGUGGGGCGGGAGAGGUGACCACCGCGGAGGUGAAGUCAAACGAGGCGCUGGACAAGGACGUGAUCGCGCUGUUCCCGGGAGUGCGUGCCCUCGGCGCACAUGACAACGUCCACGACUACCACGUCAAGGAGAAACUUCCUUGGAGCACCGUGUUCGAGAAAGUGCAGGAGCUCGAGGAAUCGUACAAGUUCUCCCACGUGUUAAUCCAAGACACCAACUUGGAACAGAUCUUCAUUUCAUUCGCCGAGAAACGGGCUGCAUCUCAGGAAGUUUGAUAUGGUCUUCGGAUUUCGGGAUGUUAUCCCACAAAACUGUACAAAAAACAACCUUUGUGACGUGUGCAUAUAAGUUGCUCGCUCAUUAACGCGUAUCGCGGAACUGCUUAGCUUUAUUUCGUCUGAAGUUUUCAUCGCGCAAUACUAGUGGUCUACACCCAUGGACUUUCGUUGCGUGUUAAGGUCUAAUUUCAACAAACGGCAGCGAUCGCUGGAGGCGUGGUAGUCACUUGUUAUGAUUAGCGCUGUUGUAUUCGUGUGCAAAUUGCGCGCUUCAACGUUAUUGCAUUAGUUCUGUACAUGAUCACAAAAAACGUAACGAUUCAUUUAAAUGCGCUCUAUUUCUGCAAGAAGUGAAAUAAGACCUAAACGCUUACUGAGAAGUGUCCUUUUAUUGAACGCCCCUGAAGAGGCGUUU